AUGACCCAAUGGAUCACACGGGUUGACCCAGGACCAUCUCCAGACCCUAGUAGUCGGCUGGUCGAUCUCUCUCCAGACACGGCUCACCGCCGCGCGCCGCCGAGGCCACCUACAGACUCGGGUCGCUGUCGUCGCCCCGAGGCCAUCUCCGCCCCCGCCCCCGAGGACAUCUCUCCCACCGCCCCCGACAAUCUCCUUCGCCGCCCCCGACAAUCUCCGUCGUCGCCCUCUGCCGCUGGACGCCGGGAGCUCUCCAAGCAGCUCUUCUACACCCGCCUCGCCAGUGUUGUUGUUGCCUCGAGUAUGUCAUCCCGGACGCCGUCGAGCAUGCCAUCCCGGUCGCUGUCAUCUUCAACUUGUCGGAGAAACAUGGAAGAGCAAGAAGGGGACCAUCAGGCAUACCGAAGUGGUAGUUCAUCGUUGAUAUCCGGUGCACAAUGAGAAGGGCUCAACCACCUCCAGGAUUGUCUCCUUCUUUGAUAAACAUUGUGCUAUGCUACUGAACUCAAAUGGCACAAGUGUUUGAUUCAGCACAUUACACACUUGGACAUGAGUUGAUUCAGCAGUUUGAUUUUAGUUUAUAUACAAGUUUUCCUGCACAUGAGUUUGAUUUUCAAACUAUUUUUUCUAAAAAAUUGUUGGCUUGCAUGCGCAAAUUUUGCUUGCACAUGAGUUCAAUCAGAAUUUUGAGUUUAGUAGCAUAGCACAUGACUUGUUCAAGAAUUGCCCGCACAUGAAUCAAAUUUUCCACCGACUCUUUUUCUUAAAAACCGACCAGACUGUACAAGGUGCAGGUCACUUUCUGAGUCCUCUACUGUUGGUUUUCGAAUCUAAUUGUAGGAUGGAACUGGAAUGAUAAACCACCAACUAUGUUCUAUGUGUAUACAUCAGUCUUUAUGCAUGAACUCAAGUGACCAACAGCUUGUCCAUCAGUCUUUGUUUUCAAUUUCUGUUCAUAAAUUUGCACAUAUUUACUCUUGUAACAUUUCCUUGUAAAUACAGACAAUGAGGACUGAAGCUUUUUGCGGCAAUUGAUGUUAACCUCCAGUAGAUGAUGAAGCAAAAAGAUGUCAGCUUUCUCUAUAAUCUGUUGAAUUUUCGAAAUGUAAUUGCUGCUCCUUGAAAGACGUAGCUAGAUGCUCAUAAAACCUGUAACAUCGUCAAAAAAUGUGAUUGUCUUGUACUGGCUGUGAAAAGAUUUGAAAAUGGACUGAUGCUUCCUUGGUAA